UUCACCGCGAAGAAAGCUCGCAGCCUUCACGUUCACGGACGUUUUGAGUGGCCGGCUCUGUGGAGAAAGUUUUCGUGAGUUAUUUCAGUGUGAAUGUAUCACGCAUCAGUUGACAGCUUGCUGCACGAGAGUUCAAAGGAGUCCGCUGCGGAAGAAACCCAGCACGAGGAUAGUCCCUGUGAGAAAGUCUCUUUUACGGUUCGUAACGACUUUCGUUGUUUUGUUAUUAGAUUAAGGGUGAAAAAUCAUCUGGAAGAAUAUUCCCGUGUUUAUUUUUGUCAAGUUCAGUGAUGCAGUUAUAAGUCAUAUUAUUAGUUUGAAAUUAGGAAGACGAUACCCGUGUUUAUUUUAUUGUAAAGUAUCACGAUGGUGUGUGUAGUUUGGAGUUGUGUUACCUGCGUGAUAACUGUCUUUUACGAGACUGAGAGAUAGUCGAGUCAAGUUUGGGAGGUGGAAGAGGAUUUUCGCGGAUUCAACUGACCUGUUCCAGGCGGGAGGCGUCACGGAGGCCGUGCUUUUCAGCUCAUCGUGCAUUGAGGGUCAGCGAUUAUUAUUCCGCAAGUGAAAUCUAGUUUCUCCUGGAUUCGUGAGUACAGUUUUUCCCAUCGAAAGAGCUCCAACUAGCGCGCCAACGGUGUACUUCAAAUCCCAGCUAGGUAUUGAGGUGAAAUCUGAGUAAAACCAGAGUAUUUCAUUGACAUUGGGUUUAUUUAUUUAUUUUUCUUUUUUUUUUUCUUUUCUUUUUGAUUAUGAUGUUUGUUGUGAUUAAUACUGUUGAGACUGUGUGAAUUGAAUUAUUUGUUCACUCACGUGACAAACAAAAGAGAAACACGGAGAAAAGGAAAAAAACAAAAGAGCUCCUGAGAAUAAUAAAUCCACAUUUAGUUAUCAUCUUUAACUUUGUGUGUUUUCCUGUGGAAAUUCUAAAAGAUUUGUAUUCUCAAGUUAAAAGUAACACAGUUUUGUUCUUAAAUUUCCAAAUAAGAAACAUAAAUCUGACACAACCAAGUGAAAAUCUGAGACCUGGGAUUAUAUACAGUGAAUAAGGUAAUGAAAGGGAAAUGUGCCUUUACUGGGGUAGUGUUGGAAAUAAUAUCCCCUAGACAGAUUUUUAUUGCGAGAGCCGCAAGAUAUUUACCUGGCAGGAGGGCUACAUAAGAAAAACAGAUAGGGGAGUAAGUAGAGUAGUAAGGGCUAAGUCUGGCUGCCAGGGAGGUUGAUCCCAGCAGUUCAAUCAGAGGAGUCGAAGAGUUAUACGGUAUCUGCCAUGUGACUGCCAAUCAAUAUCUAAUUCAGAAGAGAAAGAUACAGAAGGCUGACAGCCAGAAUAUCCCCAAUGUGGGUUACUUUAAGACACAGGCAAGUCUCGGUACAGAGCAGGAGAUGGAUGGAAUUUAGUUAAUCACAGCCCAGUGGUUUUCUACUAUGCUUUAAAUCUGCUAUCUGGUUGUUAGUACACCAGUGGUUGCCAGGAGAGUCAGAAAGGCUUGCCGUCACUUCCUGUUUUCGAAUUGUUUUGCCGAGAGUUUCUUGCCUGCGUCGGCAUCUUAACUAUACUGUUUCUUUCUUUUUUUAAAUCAAUAAUUUUGCGCUAUCGUUUUCAUCUGUUGUAUUUUCAUCACGUUCUCUUCUACUAUAUUUUCAUUUUUCUUUCUCUCGAAGUGUGCUUUUGUAUUUUGUCAAGACAGUGAGUGGAGGCCAUCCACACCGGAUCCACGCUGACUAAAAUAAUAUCAAGAAAUCUUCGACUAAGGUGCGUUAAACAACAUGUCUAACAUUCAGCUUGUUCACUGUGUUGAGUGCAGGAUGUUUAGUCACUCUUCCUCCGUCGUUAGUAAUAGCUUUAUUUGUGAUAAAUGCAUGUUAGUUAGCUCUCUGACGGAGAAGAUUGCAACAUUAGAGGUGCGCAUCCAGACUCUAGAGAGGGUUAGUGAGAGUGAGAGCAGCGUAGUUUCUUUAGGGGAAAGUCUGGAUGCCUUAGGCGGAGUUAGUAACCCCCAACUCCGGCAUUAGAGCCCUCACAGCGGGGCGAAUGGGUGACGACUUGGCAGCAUAAUCGCAAAGCCAAAGCUAACGCUAAGGCUUGCCCACGGGAGCAGCACUCCUCUCCGCUUCAAGUGUCCAACAGGUUUGCUCUCCUCAGUGAAGCACCCGCUGAGAAACCUGAAAGAGCUCUGGUUAUAGGUGACUCUAUCUUGCGGCACGUGAAAUUAGCUAGGCCUUUAGGGGCACCAGCAGCUUUAGUUAGGUGUAUACCGGGAGCCAGGGCACCGGACGUAGCAGGUAAUCUUAGGGUCUUAGGCAAGCAUAGGUUCUCAAAGAUAGCUAUUCCUGUAGGAGCUAAUGAUAUACACCUUCGUCAGUCUGAGGUUACUAAGAGUGACAUGGUAGAGGUGUGUAAAUUAGCGAAGGCAUUGUCCAAUGCAGUACUAUGCUCUGGCCCCAUCCCAAUGCGGAGUGGUGAUGUAGCUUACAGCAGGUUAUGGUCGCUGAACUACUGGAUGUCCAGGUGGUGCUCAGAAAACAAUGUGGGCUUUAUAGAUAAUUGGACUAACUUUGAGGGCAAGACUGGCCUGUUAGGGUGGGACGGUGUCCAUCCCACUAGGGAGGGUGCUGCUCUCAUUUCUUGCAGCAUAGCACAUAGGCUAAGAACAGGCCUAGUUAAUCGGUGACAAUCCAGGGCCAAGGCCAGGGAGCAGACAAGCAGGCUAAACCGACUGUCUGCUAGCUGCACUGAGUCGUCACAUAGUUCCACUGUAUUGAGACUGUGUCUGUUCCCCGAGCUAAACAAAAUUAUAGACAUACUCAGACAGUUUGUUUUAGUAACCUAAUUAACAUAAAAUUAAACCAAACCGAAUGCAUAGCCAGCACCAUUGAUCUGAAGCUAGGACUGAAUAUUAGAUCUGAAGGUUGAAUAUUAGAUCUCUUUCGUCUAAAGCGCUUAUUGUUAAUGAAACUAUUACUGAACAGGAGUUUGAUGUACUGUGUUUAACAGAAACAUGGAUUAAACCAAACGAGUUUGUAGCAUUAAAUGAAGCUAGUCCUCCCGGGUACAGUUACAUACAUCAGCCCUGUCUAACUGGCAAAGGAGGAGGCGUAGCAGUCAUUUAUAAUGAUAAUCUAGGCGUCACACAAAAACCUAGUCAUAAAUUCAACGCAUUUGAAGUUCUUUAUUCUAACAUAACAUAUGUAGCCACUAAAAAUAAGUCUACCCAGGUGAUUCCAGUAAUUAUUAUUUACAGACCCCCAGGGCCAUAUUUGGAAUUCCUAUGCGAAUUUGCAGAUUUCUUCUCUAACCUGGUUGUUUCUUUAGACAAGGCAUUAAUUGUUGGACACUUUAAUAUUCAUUUUGAUAAUCCAGAUGACCCUCUGAGAACAGCAGUUGUGUCCAUUCUAGAUUCUGUAGGGGUUAAUCAGAAUAUAAUAGGACCCACCCAUAGUGGUGGUCACACUCUUGAUUUAAUACUAACAUUCGGAUUAAAUAUAGAAAAUAUAGUCUCAUGUCCACAAUCUGAAGCUAUCUCGGAUCAUUACCUCAUCUCAUUUAAAAUGUGUAUUAAUCAUAAUAUAUGCACCUUGCCACGUGACCGUGUCAAACGUACGUUCACGUCAACAACGUUAAACGUAAAACGUUUUAUCAGUAAUCUCCCAGAUUUAUCAACCAUGAUUGGAUCACCGUCUGAUCCCAAAGAACUUGACCAGGCAACUGAAUGUUUAGAAUCAACGUUCUGCAACUCGCUAGAUAAGGUAGCUCCACUUAAAAAAUAAUUAGGGAGAAAAAGCUAGCACCCUGGUAUAGCGAUCACACACGAACUUUAAAACAGACCACUCGAAAACUAGAAUGUAAAUGGCAUCAACCUAAAUCGGUAGUAUUUCAAAUGGCAUGGAAGGAGAGCCUUUUGAGCUAUAAGAAAGCUCUUAGUGCUGCUAGAUCAAUGUAUCUCUCCACCCUAAUUGAAGAGAACAGAAGUAAUCCUAGAUUCUUAUUUAAUACUGUAGCAAAAUUAACUAGGAAUAAGACCACAAUAGAAACACUCACACAAUCAUUAUAUAGCAGCGAUGACUUCAUGAAUUUUUUCAAUGGUAAAAUUGAAAAUAUUAGGCAAGAAAUUCAGACUAUUAAUUUAAAACCGGACAGUUUUAUAACUAACCCUGUAGAUGAUGAUAUAAUAAUAUUAGAUAAACAACUACAACGUUUUACCUACUUGUUUCCUCAAACAGAUAAUUCCUGAAACAAUCAAACCUCUUUUAAAGAUAAUCAAUUCUUCCCUUAGCAUUGGCUAUGUACCUAAAUCUUUUAAAUUAGCAGUUAUCAAGCCCUUGAUUAAAAAAACCUGACCUUGACCCCUGUCAGCUGUCUAACUAUAGACCAAUAUCAAACCUCCCCUUUAUCUCCAAGGUCCUAGAAAAGGUUGUAGCACAGCAGCUAUGCUCAUACUUACAUAGGAAUAACAUUCAUGAAAUGUAUCAGUCAGGAUUUAGGCCUCAUCAUAGCACAGAGACAGCACUGGUAAAAGUUGUAAAUGACUUACUACUGGCCUCUGAUCAGGGUUGUGUCUCCUUGCUGGUGCUGCCUGACCUUAGUGCAGCUUUUGAUACCAUUGAUCAUGCUAUUCUCCUCGAUAGACUAGAAAAUGUAGUAGGCAUUAAGGGAACAGCCCUUUCCUGGCUCAGGUCUUAUUUGACUGAUCGUUAUCAGUUUGUAAACGUAAAUGGUGACUUCUCUUCUCAUACUAAGGUAAAGUUUGGUGUCCCGCAAGGCUGUUUUAGGCCCACUGCUCUUUUCUCUACAUAUGCUACCUCUGGGCAAAAUUAUCCGUAAGCGUGGUAUUAGCUUCCACUGUUAUGCUGAUGACACACAGUUGUAUGUUUCAGCAAAGCUAGAUGACAGACACCAGCUUAAUAAAGUUGAGGAAUGUGUAAAAGACAUUAGAAACUGGAUGCUUAUUAACUUUGUUACUUAAUUCUGGCAAGACAGAAGUACUUGUACUAGGACCACAUGCAGUUAGAAGUAAGCUUUCUGAUUAAAUAAUAACUCUGGAUGACCUUUCUGUUUCAUCAUCUGCAGCAGGAAAAGACCUUGGUGUGAUUAUCGACUCUAGUCUUUCUUUUGAAGCUCAUGUAGAUAAUAUAACUAGGAUUGCUUUCUUUCAUCUCAGAAAUAUUGCUAAAAUAAGAAAUAUAUUGUCACUACACGAUGCAGAAAAAUUAGUUCAUGCUUUUGUUACCUCUAGGUUGGAUUAUUGUAAUGCCUUACUGUCUGGAUGUUCCAGUAGAUGCAUAAACAAGCUCCAGUUAGUCCAGAAUGCAGCAGCGAGAGUCCUUACUAGAACCAGAAGAUAGGACCACAUCACCCUAAUCUUAUCCACACUGCAAUGGCUCCCAAUCAAAUUUCGUAUUGAUUAUAAAAUACUACUAUUGACCUAUAAAACACUAAAUGGUCUCGCGCCACAGUACCUGAGCGAACUUUUGGUCUUUUAUGAUCCGCCACGCCUACUCAGAUCAAAAGGUGCAGGCUAUUUGUUGGUACCUCGAAUAAUGAAGGCUACAGCUGGGGGUAGAGCUUUCUCUUACAAAGCCCCACAGUUAUGGAACAGCCUUCCACUUAGUGUUCGGGGCUCAGACACAGUCUUAGGGUUUAAGUCUAGGCUGAAAACAUAUUUGUUUAGUCAAGCCUUUUGUGAAUAGUUUUUUCUUAGGUACAGGGGCAGGUCUGGAGGGUUCACAGGCAUAGAGUGUUGUGGUGAACUGGGAUGUUUGGACGCUGUCGCCCCCCCACUCUCACACGUUCACUCAGGUUUGUCGACGGUGGAGUGGCUGGCUGCCUUAUGUCCCAGGGUGCCCUCAUGUCUGUGUUAGCUUCUGGCUCUCCCUUUUAGUUAUGCUGUCAUAGCUAGUCUUGUCGGAGUCCCUGCUUGCACUCUGCAUGCAAAGUACAUCAUGCUUAACCAUUAGAGGACAAAAGCUCACCUAACAAUCUCUUCCUUUCUCUCCAUCUCUCUCUCUCCCUGACUCUCUGUCGAGCUACACGUGCUACUUCUGAGAUGCAAGUGAUGCCAGUGAUCCUGACCCCUUCUGCUCCUCCUCGCUGCCUGACCCAUCCUGAUGCCCUACUUCUGGUUGGAGUUCUCAUCGGUUGAGUUCGCUCGCUGCUGCUGGGGGUGGCCCCAUAUGGACUGCGUGAAGAACUGUUUGGAUUGCUGGGGAUGGCGCCACCUGGGGGCUGUGGAGAUGGCAUGGGGAUCACAUAUGGGGAGCUGUACUGUAAUGGCUUGGGACUGCGAUUGCUGUAGUGGCUUUGGGGCUGCGGUUGCCACGAGCAGCUUCGUACUCAGGACUCCAUCAGUGGACAGUGGAUAGAUUUUAACCAGCCGGACUUCUUGCGAAAACUGUGAUGAAUUUAUUGGUUGCACAAUUGCACUAUUUGUCCUCAUAGUACACAAUAAUAGAAGGGAUUUAUUUAUAAUCGCACUAUCCGUUGUUACCCAGAUGAGGAUGGCUUCCCUUUUGAGCCUGGUUCCUCUCAAGGUUUCUUCCUGAUAACAUCUCGGGGAGUCUUUCCUUGCCACCGUCACCACUGGCUUGCUCAUUAGGGAUAAAUUCACAAUGAUGAAUUCAAAUAUUUGCAAUAUAUUUUUGUGAAUCCAUUUAUUUCUGUAAAGCUGCUUUGUGACAAUGUCCAUUGUUAAAAGCGCUAUACAAAUAAAAUUGAAUUGAAUUGAAUUGAAUUUAAUGAUGCUCUAAUUUAAAUGCCAAUCUUUGUCAUUUGGCACCAGUCCAACAAAAAAUGUCACUAGAGGAGUGUCGAAUAACAUGGUGAGCUUAUACACACUUUAAUUUUCGACAUUAAAAUGUAGCUUCUUACAUAAAUCUCAGGAGCUGUUGUGCAAACCUGCAUUUCAUGCUAGUCAUGUGACAUGUACACUGUCUUUUAGAUAAAUAAAUUGGCCUGGCGCAGAGACACAUUUACUGAUGCUAUGUCAGUUACCAAAAACACCUUGUAAAGGUAUGGAGAGUAUGCAUAAUGUCUAAAUGUCUACUGGUAAUUUACAUCAUUGGCAUUGGCAUUUGGAAUCUAAACUUAACAGCACAAUCUAUUUAAAAUCAAGAUAAAGGGAAUAUAACAAUAUUUUAACAAUUCAUUUUCUAUUGUGUAACAAUAUUGUAUAACAGUAUUUUAAUUUACAAGGCAACUGUAUUCAAAUUGACAGUGUACAUCAUGCCUUAUGAUGCUGGCAUAUAUUUGAAUUAAAUCUGAAAUUUUCUCUUUAAGGACAUCAUAUCAUGUCAGCUGGAAACAUGACAUUUGUGAAGGACUUUUUCAUUGUUGGUUUUCCUGGACUUCAUCCUAAGUACUAUGUCCUUGUAUCUACAGUUAUGUUCUUAGUUUAUGUGUGCACUUUAAUAGGGAAUGGAAUUUUUCUUCUUUUGUUUGCAACAAACAAAAGUCUCCAUAAACCCAUGUAUUAUAUUUAUAUAAGUCUUGUGUUGUCUGAUGUGUUGUUCAGUACAAGCACCUUGCCAAAGAUCAUUGCUAGAUAUUGGUUCCAAGAUGGGACCAUUUCUUUUGCAGCUUGUUUUUUUCAGAUGUACUUAGUGCAUUAUUUUGGUACAGUCAAUUCAUACACACUAGCCGUAAUGGCAAUAGAUCGAUAUAUAGCAAUUUGCUACCCAUUUCGUUACUAUACUAUUAUGUCAAAUAGAAAUAUAUUAAUUCUGUCCACAGCAGUCUGGAUUUUUGCUCAUUCUAGCAUUAUAAUGAUGGUUGUUCGGGCUUACCCCCUCCCUUAUUGUGGAGCCAACACCAUUUUACAUUGCUAUUGUGAUCAUGUAUCUAUUACCCGACUUGCAUGCACUGACAGGACUCCAUAUAGUUUUCCGGCUUUUGUUUAUGCCAUGGUAGUAUUGCUGGGAUCUCUUGCCAUUAUUGUGGUCUCAUAUUCCUUCAUUAUUUUAGCUGUCCUACAAAUAUCAAGUACACAGGGGCGGCUAAAGACUUUCUCUACAUGUAGUUCUCAACUCAUUAUAAUUGCACUCUUUUUCUUACCAAGGUGUUUUAAUUACUUGGCUGCCUAUGUAGGUAUCCUAUUUAAUGCUGAUUUGCAAAUAGCCCUCAUCAUGCUGUAUAGCCUUUUACCUCCAAUGAUAAAUCCUUUACUGUAUAGUCUAAAAACAGAAGAAGUUAAGAAGAUCUUUAUAAGAAAAUUUAAAAAAGGUGAAGUUAGCUUGACCUAAUUUGUCAGAUCUUGAAAUAUAUUAUUAUACAUAUGGACUGUGCUAUUAUGUUCCUGUGUUUGUAUUGCAAUUACAUCUACACAUGAUGUCUGACUUCAGCAGAUUGUAAUCAAAAGUUGAAUGAUUUGAGUACUGAGAAGAAAUCCCAAAAUCUGUUAACACAUAUAUAUCAAUGGCUACUUUGAAAUGGGCAGGUAAAGAAACACAGUGUCUUGUCAUGAUCAUACAACAAAGGAUUGAAUCUCAAAGGUUGGAUUUAUUUUGCACAAGGUGGACAAGGCCUAGUAUUUUCCAUGCUUUAACAUACCUAAUUCAAUUUACUCUAAGCAUGAAAAUAAACUUU